AUGUCCCUCCAGCUCCUCGUUGCAUUCGGAGUUCUCAUUGCCAGCCGAUCCAACCUUUCAGCCGCUCAAACGAUAGAUCCCGACUCUGUUUCGCCAAUAAUCCGCGAUGGAUGGUGCACCAGCCAACAAAACGUCUGCGAGACGCUAUGCGGGAAUUUCGAUAACGUAAGGCUUAAUACUUGCAUCCUUACAAAUUUCUUAGUGCAAUGCCAGUGCGACGAAACAUUUCUGCAGCCAGACACUCAGCUCUAUAAGGGCUCACUAGCGUAUUUCAUAUGCUUGGAAUAUAUCAGGCAGUGCGUUGCAGGAAAUUCGAGCAGUCCAGAGAACCAAGCAGAGUGCAGAUCCGCAUAUGCGUGCCCUAGCCUCGAUGUUUCAGCUGCAGGGCAAACAUCGAACGACCCCGAAGUUUCCCAAACUCCGAAUCCCCCUCCGUCACCUGUCCCUUCGCCAACUUCGCCCCUAACUUCGUCCAUAACUUCGGAACCGCAGACUACAGGGACCGGGGAAACUUCAGGGCCGAGCGGUUCGUCGACGAUCACCGAACAAAACUCGUCAGCUCGUACCACCACGCCUAGGCCUACAAGCCGAAGCACCGAUACUACUUUACCGACCGAUAAGAUUGAUGGGCCGCCGAAUACGGAGGGCAGUACGCCAACGAAGAGCUCAGAUUCUCCGCUAGAUUCUAACUCUCCUACACCCGGAAGUGAAAGUAAAGGUUUAGGAACCCCAGCAAUAGUUGGCAUAGCUGUGGGCAUUGGAGUCUCCGUAUUAUUGUUGGCUGUGUUUGUUGCUUACCGACUGGGGAGUAGAAGAAACUAUCCCCCUGUUCCCGUAGUGCCUCACUCUGCAUUUGACAAGGAAUAUGGUGGGAACGAAUAUCCUGGCGGUGGAAAUGACCCGGGUAUCGGGUUUGGGAAUGAAGUCGGGGGCAUUUCCCGGAACAACGAUACGACAACUAGAACAUAG